AUGGCGCAGGUGGCUUCCGCAACGCCAGCCAAGCACCACCGAACCCCCCACAGCAACCAGUCUUCAGUGAACAACCUGGUUGGAUCACCCCCAGCCAGGUCGUCCUGGAGAUCAGGUGAUGCAGAAACCCCCUGCUCUUCACCAGUUUCAAAGAUGGCCAAGACUACUUCACCAGCCGGACCGUCUUGGACCAUUAUGGAUGCAGCCUGCGACUCUCCAUCCCCGCCUAAGAUGGCCAAGACUCCUUCACCAGCCGGGCCGUCUUGGACCAUUAGGGAUGCAGCCUGCGACUCUCCUUCCCUGCCUAAGACCGUCUGGACAUCGACUCCCCCAACAGGCAGUUGGCCCAUGAGCUUCAGCAGUGCCCCUACCACCUCUCAUUUCCCAGCUAAAGAAGUAAGUUUGUCUCCUCCUCAGCAGACAAACAAGACAGGUUUAUUUCAACUCAAACACAACAGUUCAACAGUUAAAACAGUGGAGGACAAUGUCAUUGAUGGUGAAUUCUUAACAAGAUAACCAAUCAAGUAGCUUGACAUAUUUUCACAAAUUAUUU